AGCGCAACCCCGAGCUUUCCUCAUGGUCAGACACUCUGUUUUUCUCGGCUAUCAACGCCCUUUACGACGCGGCGAUCGCUAACGCGGUCGCGAGCGUGGGGCGCGCCUACGUCGACACCGCCGUGCGGCUGGCGCUGCUGCUGAGCCCCGUGCUCAUCAUUGAUGUGGGGCGCUCCAUCCUGCGCGCCCUGGAGGAGCCGCCUUUUCUGGUUGAUGGGGACUUGAAUAACAACGCGUCCGCCCUCUUCGCGUUUUUUGACGAAACCAUUGUGAUCCUAAGGGACGGGCUGCUGCGCGUAGCAAACGCGACCGAGGCCCGCGCGGGCGAGGCCGCCGCCGGCAUCCAAGCAUCGGCCGAGGCGAUCGUGGCCGCCGCAGAGGGCUCAGCAGACUCCAUGGCCCAGCAGCUGGAGUCCCUCGCCCCCGGCCUGGCCGGCCUGCUCAGGCAGGGCGCCGACGCCGGCGCGGGCGUUGUGGAGCGCCUGCGGGAGGCGGCCCUCGACGCCAACUCUGUGUUCUCCCGCGCCCAGGAGGAGUGCAAGGUCCUGGGUGCCGAGUUUGAAAAGGUUGUCAACCACACGUCAGAGGUGCUGCAGGAGGCAGCAGCCGCCCUGGCGACCUCACUGACCAACAUUCAGGUCGCGGUGGACGCCGUGGUGCCUGGACCGCCCCUGGAAACGGUCAUCGCAGAAGCAAGGAACGCAUCCCGACAGGCAAUCCAAAACGCGCGCGAGCGCUUGCAGGCCGUCCUGCCCUUUGCCAGCGUCGACGCCGCCGUGUCGUCGCUGGCCGACGCGGCCGACGCCGCCGUCGCGUCGGUCGAGGCGGUCGCCAUGCAGCGCGUCGCCGCCGACGGCGGGGCGGUGGACGAUCUGGCCGCCGGGAUCGAGGGUCUCACGGCGCGUAUCAAGAAUGCACAGGAAGCGAUGGCGGAGUUUGCGGACAGUGCAGAGGGGGCGUUCCCAGGGCGCCUGGCUAACGUCACCCUGGGUCUGGUCAGGACACAGUCGGAGCGCGCCGCCGACCGCAUAUCCUCCCUGGCGGGCGCCCUCCUCUCGGCCGCCCCGGGACUGGACCCCGCCACGCUCGCGCCCGCCCUCGAGUCCGCAGUGGACCAGCUGCUAUCAGACGUCACCGCCGGCACCGGGCCCCUCGCCGCCGCCGCGCCGGCAAACGUGACGUCCCGCGUGGCGCAGGCGCUGCCUGCGGCGGUCAACGCGGCCACGGCUGCCUUAAAUGACGCUGCAGCAGCAGCGGCGGCGGCGGCGGAAGCAGCUAGGGCACGCACUGUGGCGCCGGUUGCGGGGACUUCUGUGAAUCAAGGGCAGGGCGGCGCGGCGAGUACGCUGCAGGAUCUGGCGGCGAGGCUCAGAUCUGGGGUUGGGCGGGCGCAGGCGGCACUAUCUCAGGGCCCGUUGGUUGCGAUUGUGCAGGCGCUGGACGGCGCAGAGGCUGACGUCAAGGUGGGCGGUCGGAACGGGCACAUUUUUUAG